AUGCAACUGCAGGUGUCUGCUGCAAAGCGGUUUGGCGGAGGAAGAAAGACAUUUGGUGCUGGUGGUGCUGGUGGUGGUGAUGGAACAAGUCCCAGCAGUAGCGGUGAUGGUGAUGGCCGUGGCCGUGGAGACACCACGGGGUCACGCGGCAUUAUGGCGCAGAUCAAGAAGCGGAAGCAAGAUGUGAGUGCUGCGCACGCGUCCGAGUUUGCUGUUCCGCUGCUAAAGGAGAUUCGACAGUUUAUCAAAGAGAAAGGUGGGCGUGCGUCGACACAGGCGUUGCUGGACCACUUCAACAAGCGCGUUGCCGGGAGCAGACAGGCCGUCUUUGUUCGCCUGCUGCACAGCACGUGCACCUUCUCCCGUGUUGGCUCAAAGGGCUACUGGAGCAUUAAGCCAGAGUAGAACACAAUGCGUUGUGUGUGUGUGUGUGUGUGUGUGUG